CGCAAAAAUCUUUUGUUUCCUGUUAAAAUUAUAACAAUUUGUGAUAUUUACAACAUUUGCAAGAACUUUACUAUUAAAAUUUUAUUGAAAAUGGUUCUGCUAUUUCAUUAAAAUGGCAACUGAAAAUUGCUUGGUCAAAGCAAUAUACUCAUUCAAGGGCAAGAAUAAUGAUGAAUUAUGUUUCAAAAAAGGAGAUAUCAUAACUGUAACUCAAAGGGAAGAAGGGGGCUGGUGGGAAGGAACUCUCGGGGAAACCACUGGAUGGUUUCCCAGUAACUAUGUCACAGAACACAAAGAUCCAUCAGGGUCCUUAACAACCUCACCCAUUAGAGCAGUCUCGGAAAUACAAGCAUUUCGAAAUGUUGUUCUUAAAGACAUCAUUGAUUCUGAAAAGGCCCAUGUUGCUGAAAUGCAAGGACUAGUGAGCAACUUUUUACAACCCUUAGAGAAAAGUGACAUGCUAACUAAAGAUGAGUACAAACAAUUAACAGGCAACAUAAAUGAGGUGUUACAAAUCCAUGAACAAUUUCUGGCUCUUCUGGAAGAAUGUGCAACAAAGACUGGACCCGACCAGCGAGUUGGUGGUUUGUUCUUACAGUGGGCUCCAAAAAUAAAAGCUGUACAUCAAACUUAUUGUGCUGGACAUCCAAAAGCUGUGUGUAUCUUAGAUAAAUACAAAGAAAGUUUAAAUACGUGGAUGGAGAAUGCUGGCGCCGUUUGUCCUGGUGUACUUGUACUAACAGCAGGGCUGUCUAAACCUUUCCGAAGGCUUGGAAAAUAUCCUGCUAUGUUACAAGAGUUGGCAAGGCAUGUGCAUGAAGCUCAUCCCGAUAGAGGGGACACACACCGGGCCUCUGUUGUGUAUAAAGAUAUUGCAAGUGGAUGUGCAGCACUGAGGAGACAAAAAGAGCUGGAACUUCAAGUGGUGACAGGAGAGGUUCGCGGCUGGCCGGGUGGUGAGGUGUCCGCUCUCGGGGAUGUCUUGCACAUGGGCAGCGUGGCCGUCGGCCCGUCGCACCAGGAUAGAUACCUCGUUCUAUUUCCUUCUGCCCUACUCUUGUUGUCUGUUAGCAAAAGGGUAUCCGCAUUUGUUUACGAGGGAUGUCUUCCAUUAACUGGUAUUACAGUCUGUAAGUUAGAAGAUAGUGAAACUAGAAAGAAUGCAUUUGAAAUUAGUGGGCCGAUGAUAGACACCAUAGUCGCCGUGUGCCAAACGAAAGCCGAAGCCGACAACUGGGUCAGCCUGCUACAGAAACACUCCAACAACAGCAGCCCCGCUCACGAGCCCGCGCAGCCUCAGUCCCUGCCGCACCUAACGCGAUCUCCUUCCGAGGGCGCAUUGACUAGCAUCAACUCUAGCCGCCGCAGCCUCUACCACCAGACGCUCCCGCCGUCCUACUACCCCUCGGCGUCGCCGUACUACUCCCUGACGAAAUAUUUCGCGAAGCUUGUGAAGAAAAAAGUGAUAACGAGACAGAUGCUCCGAAAACUUCUCCACGAGAGGACGUGGGCCAAGGCGUUCGAGCUGAGCGGCAUGCCCGUGAUGCGCAGGCACAUGAACCACAUCAAGCUGAGGAUCGAGAACGACGGGACGAUCACGACCGAGGAGUACACGGACAGCGACGAUAGCGACAGAGAGACCGACACCACCGAGACGUACACGACCUCCGGCUGUACGGACGUCGACGGCGCCGGCUCCUCCAAGAUGCUCCGGCAGAACGCCGUCGUGAGCGACGGGCCGCGGACGAUGUCGUCGUCGUGCAGCAGCUGGAGCGGCAGUUUCGCCGCCGCCGCCGACCUCGAGGGCGCGCCUGAGUCACACCUCGACGUCGCCCGGUUUAAAGUCCGAGGGGACUGCACCAAAAAUCUGUUUGUCGCUAUACCGCCUAACGUAGCUAGCGUAGAGAACUGUUACGCGUCUCGAGUAAAAAACUCGGCCGGCGUCGCCGCCCAACAUUCCGAUAGUAUUGAGAAUUCCAGUUUCGAGGCGAGGACCUACAUGGCCUGCGAGGAUCUAGUGAACAUAGACGGGGACACGCAGUUCGAACUCGGAAACGAAACGGACUUCGUCCCGACGAGGCGGAGCUUCCCCAGCCGCAGCGCGAGAAACGAGCUCGUUCCGAAGCCGUGGAAGUCGGCCGAGGAGAGAUGCAGCUCCGGGGCCGAGGACGAGCCGACCGUGGCGGGCCUCCCGGAGGCCCUGAGUCCCCCGCCGUCGCCCCGCCAGUCGGCGGACUUCCCCGCAGACCCCGUCGUGAUCGAUCCCCCGCCGAUGUUCCGCAACGACGACGAGGACAUGAAAAUUAUCAGCGUCAACUUCAAUGCGAACGUGCCGUUCCGCAAGCACUCCCUGAACUCCGACAAGCGGCUCCGGCGAUCGAUGUCCCGCUCGAUGGUCGAAACGGAGGCGAGGAGCACUGGCGCCCACCUCGAGAGGAUGAGCUCGCAGUCCGACCCGCAGAAGCAGAGGAGGAAGUGCGAGUGCUGCGACCGAUCACUGUGCCCGAGCCCGCGAUCGUCCGACUCCGGGGUGGCGGGUAGCUGCAACCUGGCGUCCCCGGACCUCAACAUGCCCGACUACUCCGCCGGAAACGCCGGCAACGAGUCGGACGGCCAGGACAAAAUCUCCGGGGACUUCAAAGAUUCGCUGAACAAUUUGACGGGGAACUCGCUCGUGAAUCGCAAGCUCACCCUGUCCGAAAUAGAGGCGGCCGCCUUCGAGGAGCAGUGCCGGUGCACGUCGCCGUUCGGGUCCACGGCCCGCACCUCGUGCGUCACCAGCGUCACCUCCGAAACCAGCCUGGACGUGAGGGACGCCUCCCGCGCCAGUCCCACGUCGACGUUCACGAGCGGCCCGCCCGUGUGCUCGCCGGACAUAAAGCGCACCUCGAUACGCCGAGACAUCGAGCGCUACGUGCCCGAGAUCAAAAUAAAACCUCAAGUUCCGCCGCGUAUCUACCGCAAACCGAGCACCCACCUGGAGAUCCCCAAGAACGUUCGGCUGCCGAAUCCCUGCCAGUGGGGCACGCUGAAUAUCGUGGAGCGCACCAAACCGAGCCUGCACUACCACAUGCGCAUAUACAAGAGGGACUCCGACGAGGAGGACUCGCGGCGACUGACACGCCGCGACGCGACGAGGAACUGCGACGCCAAUAACAACAAGUCGGCGCGGCCCGUCUCCCAGGUGCCGAAGACUCGGUCGAGGAGCGCGGACGCGUCCAAGCUGCAGAAGGAUUUGGGCUCGACCGGGUUCGUGGUGUACCGGUCCGACCUGUACGCCCACUGGUGGAUGAAAGCCAAAUUACCUAUUACCGUGGUCACCGACUCAGAUGGCCAUGAGCGACAGCAGUAACGAGCUCUCGUCGGGGCUCACCAACCACAAACGAUCGCACUCAUUCAACAAUCACCAGAGCUACUCGCAGCAAUCGCAAACCCAAAGGAACAAACAGAAGAACCAGUCGGCCAGGUGGCUCCUCAACUCCUGCGACUCGCUCGACCAAAC